GUGUUCUGCUGUUCAUCACCCUGCAGAAGAAGUCGACAGAAGUUAAAGCUUAUCAGUCAACCGUGAUUUGGAGUCAUGAUGAACUUGAAACGCGUCAGAGAUCCGCAUUGAGUCGAGUUGUCCGCCGGAUCUCUGGUCGGAUGGAUUGAAUCAGUCGGAAGGGCCGUUUCUACAACAUGGCUUUAUCUCUGGGUCUAAGCAACCUGGUGACGGCAUCCGUGCUGUUAGCAUUUGUCACGUCGGGCCACGCAUUGGACUGCCAGUGGCUCACAGCGCCGAAAGGAGUGAUCAGCACCCCCAAUUUUCCCAAAUCCUAUCCGGUCCCGCUACGCAGCUGUUAUGUGAUUCAGCGUGAACGUCACACGAAAGAGAGACAAACGAAAACAAUCCUGUACUUCACACAGUUUUUCCUCACCGAGAUCGCCGUCGAAUCCUACAAGCAGUUCACGGGGAUAGACUCGCCAAAGAACUCGCCGAGAGUAUCGCGCAAGGUCAUAUCAGCACCGACGAGACCUACCAGUCUGAUCAUUCCGCAACUCUAUACAGUCAUACAUGUCGAGGUCAAGAACCCCAUAGGAGCCAACCUCCGAGUUCCCGAGAACUUGAUGGAUGUUUAUGGCUUCAAUAUCACGUACGAAAUCAAACAUCAACGAAAAACGAAACUAGAUGACGAUCCCAGCGUCUCGGAGCCUUGCAUGAAACAUCAAUGCAGCUACAACGGGAUGUGCCGAGCUAAUGCGGAUCUGACUUCGUACUACUGCGAUUGCUUCAAAGGAUUCUGGGGGAGAGCAUGCCAGUAUUCGAGCCGUUGUAACGAGAAGAACAAGGAACGCUGUAAGCAUGCGACCAGAUGUGAGCACUUCAUGGGACUGACAACCUUGCUGUGUUUCUGUGAGCCGGGCUAUACAGGACAAGAAUGUGAUCGGAAGUAUGAGCCGAAUCAGUGCAGGGAGCAGAGCUGCUCGGCCGACCAGAUGUCUUCCUGUACAUCAUCGAACGAUAGGAACGCUCGGUGUGAAUGCGAGGCUGGGAACCGCCUCGUCGGCUGCGACUGUGAAGGCGGAUGGAAGAUCUCGGAGACCAAGAAAUGCGUCAGAUAUCCUUUCGAGCAUAUAUUUUGGGAAUUCGAAUAUUCGAAUGAAACCAAUCUCGAAACUAUUUCGGAUGAGCUGCUCGGCAUCGAGAACAUACGUAACGCGACGUUGGUGAACAUAUCAUCCCACGCGACGGCUUCGUACGAGAUAGUCGUGACGAGAAAUCACACAUCCGAAGUCAAGGAGGCUCUGAAGAAACGCUACAAGACGAAGCACAUCGAAAAUGAAGAAUUCGUCGUCCUGAGUGUAGUUUCGAACAAACCGAUGCCCGUCCAAGAGGGAAACACCCCCCUGGUCCUCUCCUGUGAAUAUCGAUCUUCGGUGGAGGCAGACAUCAACUGGUACAAAGAUGGAGCCCUGAUCAACCCGCUAUACGGUCCGGGAAAUGUUUGGAUCGAGCGCAGCAAACGCAGCCGAACAGGACGAACAUUCUCAACAUACUUGGGCCUGGAUCACGUUCAAUAUAUCGAUCGCGGUGUUUUCACCUGUGAGAUUUCGUGGAACGGCGAGAAACGCCGCCGGAGCCUGACCCUGGACAUAAAGAUGCAGCCUAGUGGGGCACUCAGCCCUUCGGCGCAAAACGUCGAGUUUGGCAGACCCACAGAGCUUUGGUGCGGCAUCCGAGUCUACUAUGACGAGUUAUCUUACGUGUGGUACAAGAACACCGUGAGAGAUGAUUCGAAUGCGAAGAAAAAAUGGGUCCCCAUCACGUUCAAGAGUCUCGAUGAAGAGUAUGUCGAGCCCCUGCAUCCGAGCCGCAGCCGACUCGUCCUCCCGGCUGUUCGUUCGUACGCGGAGUACAAGUGCGCUAUCGAAACACCCAAGUUCUCCACUGAGAUGCUCUCCUACGUCUUCCCGUAUUCAAAUACCAGCAAAUUCUGCCCGGCCGAAGAACAUCUCGGGGUGAUGUGGAAGAGAACAGUCGUGGGCAGCUUCGAUGUUCAAAACUGCAUGUUCUCAACUCCACCGAAGGGCGAAGCAAAACGUAUGUGCGUUCAAGAUCCUGACGGGAGCGUACACUGGGCCGUUCCGGACUUUUUUGAUUGUGCCUUCCAAGAAAUCUACGAGAUCCGCAAAGAGAUCCUCGGGCUGGCUCGUGGAUAUCAGAUGACCACGGUCAUAGACUCGCUGGCGCGAUUGGCCGACUACUUGACCUACCGCAAAGACCACGUCCUCCCCGGUGAGGGAAAUCACAUCAUAGAAACUCUCCAUGAGGUUCUGGAGUACGAUGAUGGACUCCCGCGAACUCACCCGGAAAUUAAGAAUCGGAGAACAGCUGCUCUCUUAUUCCUGGACUGCUUGACAGCGACCUUCAAUGUUUCGAAUGCGGUGAGCGAUGAUCGCUUCUACGCAAAGUUGAACGACAUGAUUCCACAAGUUGUGAUACGUUACCUCAGCAAUCAGCCACCACAAACGAAGUUCCACUACGAGAACGACCUUUUCGAAAUUUCAGCAGAGGUAUUCGAGCUUACGGCUCCCUCCAGCGGAUACGUCGCUCUGUACAGAGCUGCUUCCAGUGACAAAAGCGUAACGGGUCGUGUGUACCGGAAGGCGGGGGAUUCCCGUGGUGACAAGUUGAUACUCAGUCUACUAACAUUCAAGUCUCUCGGGAGAGAAUACCUGUCCAGGUUGGAGUGGAUACAACGAAGAGGUUCUCUGAACCUUCUGACGAAGUUGGUGAAUUUCAAAGCCGCGACUCUAUUCGAAAGGAAUCAAUCCCUGAUCUACCUUUCGAACGAGAAAACAGUCAUCAACUUCAGACUCAACCCGCCUCUCAACACAUCGAUUCGGUGCGCGCGCAUCAUAGACGGCAGCGAAGUCGAUUUCUCCGGAAACGAGGUGACUGAAAUCAACGGCGAUUUUUCAUGCGAGAGCCGGGGGUCUUCACUUUUCGCCCUGUAUGCCGAGCCGGAAUCACCUCAUCCGGAACCUAAGACAGCGGAGACGCCUAUUCUCCGGAACGUGUGCGCGAUAAUCGGAAUAUUCAUCACCUUCACUUGUGCGCUGUCCAUCAGUUGCACGAACAGUUCUUGGGGCUUGGUCAAAUGCGUCAAGCUGAAUGUGUGUGUCGCGCUUCUUGCUCUGUUCACCACAUCUCUCUUCGAAGCUUCCUCUGUACUUGACGAGCGUCCAAGGGUCAAAUUGUUUCGGCAGUUUUACAUUCUCGUCUGCCACGCUCAGCAAGUCCUUGUCAUGUUGAUGCUCUAUGUAGACCCGGAGCGCGGAUUUGUGAAGGGGAGGAUAAACAUCUACAUGUGCUUGGGCAUCACUUGGCUCGCUCCGGCCUUGCUGCUGGCUUCUUCUUUCAGUCUCCAACAAUUCGCCGACACCGACAAACACUCCUACUGGGGAACAUUGGAGAACAUCGUGACAGUUCCCGAUGCGCAAUUCACCGCUCUGAUCGUAAUCGGAUCGACGAUCUACGGUUUGAUCCUGACGGAGGUCGGGAUCGCCUCCACCAACCCAUCAGAGUAUCGGAUGACAACCGUCCAGAGAGGCAUUCUCAAACGGUCUCUGCUAGUGACGCUGGCGUUGUUCUUCCACGGCAUCACAACCACAGGCUACGUUCAAGACGGAAACGGGAACCUGCAAGCCGUCACAUCAGUUCUGAUGGCACUGAUCGUGUUCCUCGUUUACACGGCCUACUGUGAAACCGACGUGUUCUACCGGGUCGUGUGGGCCAAUUAUAAGAAGAAGAGAGAAGCAAAGUCCGUGUCAUUGAGCCGCUCAUAGAGCACAACAGCUUCUGACCGUCUGUAAAAAAGAGAAUAUUUCUAGAUCCAUAAUAUAUGCAUGAAGAAGCGAACCUCAGCUUCGAUCAGCU